AUGUCAGAUUCCAACACAACUGACUUCACCAACCCCUCCACCUUCAUCCUGCUGGGCAUUCCUGGCCUGGAGGCAGCCCAUGUGUGGAUCUCCAUCCCCUUCUGCACCAUGUACGCCAUAGCCAUGUUAGGAAACUUCACCAUCCUGUUCAUCGUGAAGAGGGAGCCGAGCCUUCAUGUGCCUAUGUACUAUUUCCUCUGCAUGCUGGUCAUCACCGACCUGGUCCUGUCCACAUCCAUCUUGCCAAAAACACUGAGCAUCUUCUGGUUCAAUUCCAGGGAGAUCGAUUUCAGUGCCUGCCUCAUCCAGAUGUUCUUCAUUCACUGCUUCUUAGUGAUGGAGUCUGGGAUCCUCGUGACCAUGGCUCUGGAUCGCUAUGUGGCCAUCUGCCACCCCCUGAGACAUUCCACCACUCUGGCAAACCCAGUGGUGGCUAAGAUUGGCCUGGCCAUGGUGCUGCGUGGCAUCAUGCUCAUACUGCCCUAUCCCUUACUGGCGAGGCAGUGGCCAUAUUGCAAAAGCAACAUCAUCCCCGACAUACACUGCACGCACAUAGCAGUGGUGAAGCUGGCUUGCGCCGACACCCACAUCAUUAAUUAUUACAGCCUCUUUGUGCUAUUCUGCGUCAGGGGUCUGGAUAUGUUUUUUAUUGCUGUGUCCUAUACCCAGAUCCUCAGGGCCGUCUUCAGCCUCCCCACACAGGACGCCCGGCUCAAGACUUUUGGGACCUGCAGCUCCCACCUCUGUUCCAUCUUAGCCUUUUACAUCCCAGGUCUCUUCUCCUUCCUCACAUACCGAUUUGGCUACAAUGUGGCCCUGCAUUUCCAUGUUCUCAUUGGCAACGUGAGCCUCCUGGUGCCACCCAUGCUAAACCCCAUCAUCUAUGGUGUGAUGACCAAACAGAUCCAGGACAGGCUGCUCUGGCUCUUUUCUCAUAAAGACAUCUGAAUUGUAAUCCUGGUGCUCUAACUGUCAGACCAAACUGCGUUCAGAGCUGGCUGGUGAGAUAGGCCUGGGCCCACUUCCCUGAAUCACUUACUAGACUGUCAAAGUGACAUUGAAUCCUUUCCUGGCCUUACUGUGCUGUGUCAACGUGACAGACUGGGGAAUCGGUCUGUGUACAACUAACAUAGGGUUCCCAUCGUUCCAACUGCAUUUAACUGGACCACUGAGGGCCCAUGCCCUGCCCUGCCUAUUCCCCCAAGGCCCUGCCCCCUUUUAAUUCUACCAGCAAGGCCCUGCCUCUGUUCUGCCUUUUCCUCCAAAGCCCACCCUUGUCGCUCACUGCUCUUCUCCCCAUCCCCAACCUCUCACUGGAUCAUCUCCAC